GAAUAGUUUACAUUGUAGUAAAAGAACGAGAGAGAGCGAAAUGGCUAUAUCAUUAAUUGAAGCAAUUCGAAGUGGGGAUGUUACACUCGCCAAAAAAUUAUUAGCACAGAGGAAAUUUACAUGUUUGAACUCGCAGACGGCCAGAAAUGAUGGGACUGCACUGUACUGGGCCUGCUGCCUGGGGUAUUUAGAGCUGGCCCGGUCCCUCCUGGAACAAGGGGCUAACCCCAACACCCUCACCGCCUGGAGGGGCUCCCCCCUACAUGCAGCCUGUGACAAUGACCAGUUCGAUGUUGCACAAUUGUUGAUGAAGUUCGGAGCUAACGUGAACCAGCAAACCAAGAGUGGGGACACACCGUGCCACCUAGCGGCGUACCGCGGCUACUCCCUGAUCGUCCAGCUACUGGUGGAGGGGGGUGCCUCCCUCAGGGUGGUCAACAAUAAAUGCAGGACACCUCUGGAAGACGCCCAAAGCAGGGGCCACACCGAGAUCGUCAGAUACAUCUCAGCUGUCAACAAAAUCCGCUCUGAACCUUACAGAAGGACAGACUGGGAGUCCCAGAUCACCUCAUCCAUGCAAAAAAUGCACAUGUUCCCGAGUGACAACGGCAACGGUUACUACUGGGCAGAAAAUCCCGACCAUUUCUCAGUUCAAUCCGAAAACAAUUUAUCGCUUUUGUCCCACAAGGAAUCUCCAUCAAAAAUGACCUUCCGGAAUCUUUAACCGUUCCUGAUUUGAUUUCUAUGAAAACAUUGGAGCGGAUUUGUGCCUGGCACCGGUGAAGAGCCGCGCAAUCCUCGGAUCUGUAUUGGAUAUAGUUAUUUAAUUGUGGAAAACGAGAUUGUGAACUGGGCGGUGAUUGGUCGAUUUUUCCAAUCCAUUUCCUGGUCGGAGAGAGUGAUUUAUCGCGACAGAACAUAAUAUACAUACAUGAGUAUAUAUAAAGGCCAUUGAUUAUUUUACUAGAUCUCGGAUCGAGACGUCGCUGCGCAACAAGAGUACUCCAAGUAACACUGGGUACAUACUGACUGUUAAAGUUGUUGUUACUGAAUGGUGCUACCUUUUACUCUCAUUCACGAAAAGUCCCUGAUAUUGUCUGUUAUUUAUAUAUUGUAUAUGAAGCCAUCGUCUUUCAAUGUGUACAUUCUAAGUCGUCACAAUUCCUUUUUUUAUGUUGAGCUGUGGUGUGCAUCUAGCGCACGCACAAAGUUGUUGUUAUAUUUUCUAUAUUGUUAUCCGUGAUAAAAUCUUUUAAAAGAA